AUGUACAGUGUUCGUGCCACGGCAGGUUUACUACUGCUAGUAGUGCUAGUGAUACCGUGCAACGGGCAGGAAGAGUACCACUGCGUGAUGCACGAUGUGUGUGCACAGAAUGGCAUUCACGCCCAGAACUGUCCAGUAACGAUGGCACCCAAGCCAUUAACAUCACCGGCUGCGAUAGAGGUCAUGCACCGGCGGUGUGGAUGGAUGUUUCCCACCGACGAUACACCGGUGUGCUGUGCGACGAGUCAGGUGCUCGAGAUGGACAAAAAUUUCCAGCAGGCCGAGGGAUUGUUUAGUCGGUGCUCGACCUGUCUAACAAACAUGCUGUACAGUAUCUGCAGUUUGGCGUGCCAUCCGGAGCAGAGCCGUUUCCUGACGGCUUACACCGAACCGACGACUGGUCUGUACGUUGAUCGGGUCGACUACCGCAUCGAUCGUCAGUACGUCCAGGAUACGUUUGACUCCUGCAAGGGUAUCGUGCUGCCGUCCAGUGGCAAGUACGCGAUGGACGUUGGGUGUGGAUUUUGGGAAGCGGCCGGCUGUACGGCCGAACGUUGGUUCCAGUAUAUGGGUGCGGCUGACAAUGAGUUCGUACCGUUCGAGAUCAACUACCUGUACGAGGAGGAUCCCGAGAAGCGCUUCAACCAACCGGUAAAACACUGCAACGAAGCGUACGACGGAUCGUACGCUUGCUCCUGUGUUGAUUGUGACGAAAGCUGCCCAACCAGUGAUCCACCCCAGCCAAAGGAUCCAGGCUUUCGGGUGGGUGAUCUGAACGGUGUCACCUUCACCGUGGCAGUAGUGAUCGGUGGAAUUGGGCUGGUGUGCAUAACGCUUUCGCUGCUGUUCGGUGGCAAGAAGCAACCGGAACGUCAGAUGCCUGAUUUGCCAGCCAUUUUGGGUGGAUUCCCAUCAGUCAACCGUGCUCUUGGGCGGACAUUUACCCGUUGGGGCACCUUCUGUGCUCGAAAUCCGGUAUUGAUAUUGGCCAUCUGUUCGUGGAUUGUCGGCGGGCUUGCGUUCGGUAUACAGUAUCUAAUCAUCACAACCGAUCCAGUGGAGCUUUGGGCAGCUCCUGAUAGUCGGUCGCGUCAGGAGAAGGAUUACUUCGAUUCACGCUUUUCGCCCUUCUACCGUACCGAGCAAAUCUUCAUCAAACCAACGCGACAGGACUAUUUCAUACAUCCGACGGCGGAAGGUAACCAAACGUUCGGACCGGCUUACGAUAGGGAGUUCCUGCUGGAAGUAUUCCAGCUGCAGAACAUGAUCGAACAGCUCGGACAGACUGAGGGUCGUGGUUUAGAAAAGAUUUGUUACGCCCCAAUGACGGCAGUCGGUGCACAAACGGUACUGUCUGAAUGUACUGUGCAGAGCGUGUUCGGAUACUUUAAGAACAAUCUGGCCGAGUUCAAUCGUACGUAUACCGAUCUGAACGGGUACGAGGUGAACUAUCUGGACAAGAUAAACGGCUGCACACGCAACGCCUAUUUGCCAUCCUGCUUUGGCACGUACGGUGGUCCUAUCGAGCCGGGUGUUGCGGUCGGUGGGUUCCCAACACCAGCAGCGGGCGCUAAUCCCGACUUUCGUCUCGCAACCGGUGUGGUGUUGACGUUCUUGGUCGAGAAUAAGGUCAACAAGGAUGAGCUCGGACCGGCACUGGAGUGGGAGAAGCGGUUCGUCGACUUACUGGCUGACUUUGAGCAUCCCAUGAUGGAGAUUGCUUACUCGGCUGAGCGCUCCAUCGAGGACGGUAUCGACGAGAUGUCGGAGGCGGAGAUGUACACCGUCAUCAUCAGCUACGUGGUGAUGUUUGUGUACAUUACGUUUUCCCUGGGAAAGAUCCGAGGUUUUCGCCAGUUUCUGCACGGGUCGCGUAUUGUGCUCGCGAUCGGUGGUAUUGUAGUGGUGCUGGCGUCUGUCGCUUGCAGUUUAGGCUUUUUUGGAUAUUUAGAGCUUGCGACCACGAUGCUCACAAUUGAAGUCAUCCCGUUUCUGGUGCUGGCCGUUGGUGUAGAUAAUAUCUUCAUGUUGGUGCACGCAUUCAAUCGGAUCGAUCGCGAACGUACGCCAGAAACGGCGUGCGCUAUUGGUGAGGCACUUGGACAGAUAGGACCCUCGAUUCUACUGACGUCGGCAAGUGAGUGUUGCUGUUUUGCGAUCGGUGCACUCUCACCGAUGCCCGCUGUCAACACGUUCGCAUGGUACGCUACUGUAGCUCUGCUGGUGGACUUUUUGCUCCAGAUUUCGGCCUUCGUUGCGUUGAUGGCAUUGGACGAGAAGCGCGUUGAACGGGGUCGACUAGAUUUGCUGUGCUGCGUGCGGGCAACGAAGAAUCCGGACAAACCAACAAAACCGGACGGACCUGGAUGGUUGGAACGGGUUGUCGAGAGGUUCUAUGUGCCAUUUUUGCUACGCUCUAAGGUGCGUUUGCUUGUGCUGGCGGUUUUUCUCGUGUGGGGCUCGUUAUCGUUGAUGGUGGUGCCCAGCAUUGAGCCAGGCCUGGAUCAGGAACUGUCCAUGGCGGAAGACUCCCAUGUGGUCAAGUAUUUCCGCUUCAUGGCUGACCUGUUCUGGAUGGGUCCGCCGGUAUAUUUCGUACUUAAGCCGGGUCUUAACUACACCAACGUGCAGCAUCAAAAUUUGGUGUGUGGCGGUAUCCUGUGCAAUGACGACUCGAUACAGACGAAGCUUUACCAAGCAUCACUAUAUCCGGAAACUACACACAUUGCAAGACCUGCCUCAUCAUGGCUGGAUGACUAUAUUGACUGGCUCGCAAUCCAGUCCUGCUGCCGGUACAAUCCUAGCGAUGGUUCUUUUUGCCCUAGUAACUAUGGAUUCUUGUGUCCCUCCUGCCCAGAGGAGUACGAUGAAACCGGCAUUCGCCCAACGGUCGCACAGUUUGAGCGAUAUCUGGAGUUCUUCCUGUACGAUCUGCCGGAUGAAAACUGUGCCAAGGCUGGUCGGGCAGCGUAUUCGCGCGCCCUCAACUAUGUGCUCGAUGGCAGUGGUCGGCUGAACGUGCAGGACUCGUACUUCAUGAGCUACCACACGACCACGGUCACAUCGCGUCAAUUUUACACCGCCCUCGAGCAGGCCCGCCUCAUCGCUGAUGACAUCCAGCAGAUGCUAAAUGAACAGAACGCCGGCGUGGAGAUCUUCCCGUACAGUGUGUUCUACGUGUUUUACGAGCAGUACCUUACGAUCUGGUCGGACGCGAUGCAAUCGCUCGGACUGUCACUGGCGGCCGUGUUUGUGGUCACGUUCCUGGUAACCGGGCUCGAUAUACUGUCGGCGGUGGUUGUGAUUUUGAUGGUAUUCCUGAUCGUACUCAACAUGAUGGGUCUGAUGUGGCUGUGGAACAUUACGCUUAAUGCUAUCUCGCUGGUGAACCUUGUUAUGAGCGUUGGAAUUGGCGUGGAGUUCAUCUCACACAUUGUUCGCACGUAUCGGUUAGCGCACGGUACGCGAAUGGAACGCUCUGCCGAAGCGAUGGUCCGUACGGGUAGUUCGGUGUUUUCCGGCAUUACGCUCACCAAGUUUGCCGGCAUUGUUGUACUGGCCUUUGCCAAGUCGCAGAUCUUCCAGAUCUUCUACUUCCGCAUGUAUCUGUGCAUCGUGUUGGUGGGAGCGGCCCACGGACUCAUACUGCUGCCCGUCUUUCUUAGUUACAUUGGACCACCACCGCCACCACAAGCGCACACAUUCACUGAGACUACCAAGGACACAAAGAAGGAUGCAAAAGUGGAUCUAAGCAAUGAGGAACCUUUCGCCACUCCACCGGCUACAGAGAAUGUGAGUUCAUCCGAGGACGAAACGACGACUACGCUAGGCAACGGUAACCCAGAACAAAAUGGAAUCGAAUCACGAUAG